CACCAAGGACGUCUCUUCACUGAAGGAGCUGUCCGAUCUGCAGGUUACUGGAUCGUUGGUGGCAGGAGAUGCAUUAAUAGACUCGUUUUUGAGUGUGUCACUUGUCGAAGGCUGAGAGGGAGGUGUGAAGUUCAAAAGAUGGCAGACUUGCCACCAGACAGGCUCAGCAUUGAACCACCUUUUAGCAACGUCGGCAUUGAUGUGUUUGGGCCCUGGUCUGUAUCAGCCCGUUGCACGAGAGGAGGCCACGCUGAUAGUAAGAGGUGGGCUGUCCUCUUUACCUGUCUGUGUGUCAGAGCUAUACACAUUGAGGUAAUUGAGUCAUUGGAUUCCUCCAGUUUCAUAAACGCAUUCAGAAGGUUUAUGGCGAUUCGAGGACCUUUGAAAAACAUACGCUCCGACCAGGGCACUAAUUUCACCAGAGCUUGCAAAGAUAUGGGGAUUCCCUCAAAUCUUGAUGGGAAAGCCAUGGAGAGGUUUCUGUCAGAACACAGAUGUACGUGGACCUUCAACACACCACAUUCCUCUCAUAUGGGAGGAGCAUGGGAAAGGAUGAUUGGCAUCACACGUCGUAUCCUGGACUCGAUGCUUCUUCAGAUGGGCUCCUCCAAACUCACACAUGAGGUACUCACAACAUUCAUGGCUGAGGUCUCAGCCAUAGUGAACAGUCGACCACUGGUGCCUGUGUCAAAUGAUCCUACAGAUCCUUUCAUUCUUACACCGGCUUCAUUGCUUACUCAGAAAGUAGGUCCAUGCCCAGUACCAGAAGGAGAUUUUGGACAUAAAGACCUAUUGAAGCAACAGUGGCGCAGGGUCCAAAGCUUGUCUAACACAUUUUGGGACAGGUGGCGGAAACAGUAUCUGUCAACACUACAGUGUCGAACAAAGUGGACUUCUGACCGGCCAAACCUUAAGCAAGGAAGUGUGGUGCUUCUUAAGGACAGUCAGUGCAGCGGAACGACUGGCCCUUAGGUAUUAUCGUUGAUGUGUAUCCCAGUAAAGACGGAAGGGUGCGCAAAGUGCAAGUGAAGGUCAUUAAGAAAGAGGGACCAAAGCUUUACGUCUGACCCGUGAAUGAGAUGAUCUUGCUCAUUCCUCCAGAGGACUGAAAUGUGUUUGACCUUGUCAUAUUAGUAGGUGAAACCUGCUGAGUUUCAGACGGGGAGUGUUCUGUCACCAUGUAACUGUGUUCUGUUUAAAUAGAUUUUCCCUGAGAAAGUUACUCUUUAGUGCCCCCCUCUGGCAUGACCUGGUGUAACAUGCGCAAAUCUGUCUCUGUUCUAUGAUGUCAUCAGAAAGUGCAUGCUAUUGUUUGGGGAAAAGACUUCUCCUGUUCUCCUGUUCUCUGCUGUAGUGGCAAUUGUCUCCCUUAAGAUGGUCUUUAAGGGCAUUGUCGGUAUGUAAUUCUG